AUGCGGUUAAAAUUGUUGGUAGGUAUUGGUCUAGUAUUUAUUCUAAACAGUUAUAAUUCCGUAUGUGCCGAAGAAUGUAAGUUUUUUCAUAUUAUCUGUAGAAGAUCCGUAAAAUGUGUGUAGAUAAUUACAAAUCACUUAUAAAGCUUCUUUUCUUAUGAAUACAUUCUUCCAAUUUUUAAUUUCCAACAACUAAAUCCAACUGUAUUUUUUUCCGGAACAAUCAUCAUUCGGUUUACUACAUUUUGUAAGCCUAUUUGAUUUUCUGUUUUAUUGUACGUACUUAUGUCAGUUUGUGAAUGAUGAUAAUUAAUUUUCUGACCACUUUGACUACUGUUAAUUAUCAUUAGAAUUUGUAAUCAUUUUUGCAUGAAUAGAUAAGAAUUUUCAGUUGAUGACAUCACUUUCAAUCAUCCUAAAAUUCUACCAGAACAUCCAGAUGAUUUCAGAGCAGCUAAACGAGCUUCAAGGUUAACUUUUACGUUCUUGGUGCCCGUCAACUGUUUGUUAUUUUCAGAGAAAAACAAGAUUAUAUUACAAAACAACGAUUACCAGCAAAUUUGUACGCAUUGAGUUAUGAUCUGUGGUUCAAAACAUAUUUCCCAGUACCUGGAGUACAGUACGAUUCGGGUGAGUUAUCAAAUUGCUGAUGUAACUUUUUUAUUGCAAACAUUAAAAUAAAUAUUUUAGCGAAAAAUUUCACUUUCGAUGGAAGAGCGAGAAUUGGAGUCGAAGCUGUCGUGAACUCUGAUCGUUUUAUCUUGAACGCAUAUAAUUUUACUAUCUCUGGCUACAAAGUCGUUGACUUUAAUGGUAUUGAAAUUCCGAUCAACUCAAUUUGUGAGUAUCAGUGAUCAGAAAAAAAUGAAUAGAAAAAUGUGGAUUUUCAGCACAAGACAAUGCACUUCAACAACUUUCCUUGAUCAGCAAUGCGAACUCAAUAACUGCUGGAGAUAUUUACACAAUCUACAUUAAUUAUACCGGAAUUAUUAAUCCAUAUCAAAUUGGUGGAGUUUAUUACACAUCUUAUACUGACACCCAAGGAGCAAUUCAGUAAGAUUCUGAUGAAAAAGGAAUAGCAAAACAAAAUAAAAUAAUAUUUCUAGUUAUAUGCUUGCCACUCACAUGGAGCCUUUUAGUGCAAGACUUGUGUUCCCAGGAUUAGACGAACCAUCUUACAAAGCUGUGAGUGAAGAAAGAGGGAGAAUGUUAUAAGUAAACAUUUUCAGCGUUUCACAAUCUCUCUGGAAUAUCCAACAAGUCAAGUUGCCUUGUCAAACAUGAAGGAAACUACACCGAUUGAUUAUGGGUGAGAAUAAGGGAUUAAUGGUUUUUAAUUUGGGUUGGAUGGUGAAAAACUUUUUAAAGGGGGUACGGGCUAAUCAAAAUUUCAUGGAAAAAAAUAUACCAUCAGAAAGAGGAGGUUUCGUUUAGUAUGUUCCCAAUUUUUUAUAAUUUUUUCACGUUUGAAUACCAUUUUUGCACGCGCAAACACGAAAAAGUUGCGCUCGACCUCAGAAAAAUAGCAUGCAGACACGAGAGACACAGCGUAUUUAGGCCCCGCCCCCUUCCAUGCGCUGUGUCUCUCGUGUCUGCAUGCUAUUUCUCUGAGGUCGAGCGCAACUUUUUCGUGUUUGCGCGUGGAAAAAUGGUAUUCAAACGUGAAAAAAAUUAUAAAAAAGUUGGGAACAUACUAAACGGAACCUCCUCUUUCUGAUGGUAUAUUUUUUUCCAUGAAAUUUUGAUUAGCCCUUAACUCCUUUAAUAAGAAAAAUUUAUAUUUUACUUUUCAAUUUCAAAAUAGGAUGUGCAACCAGUUUAGAAUAGAAAGCUUGCCCUGACAGAUGUUACAAAACUUUAAGUAAAAAAAUACAGAUUUUUCGAAGAUUUUGCAAAAAAAAAUGUUUUUGCACAUUAUUUUAAAAAAAAUUCCAAAUAACCCCCCCGCCCAGUAAGAACACGUACCUCUGAUGAUCUUAUUCAGCAGUCCCUCUAACAUCCACAUAAUCGAUGUUACCUUUGGACUGUCGAUUGUUUUCAAAUGUACUUCUUUACCUCAACCCACACCGACUUUCAGUGCAAUUUUCGAAAAUCUGUAAAAUCAAAAAAUAUACAUUUCGAACACUCUAGUGUAACACUAACUUACCUAGAAAUGACAAAAAGUAUGCAGUCCCAGUUGAAAAUAUGGAUUUUUCGACUUUUUUUCGGUUUCGGAAAAUCCUGAAAAUUGAAACAUUGCGUUUUUUGAAAACUCACAGACCUGAAAAACUUUGGAAAACAACUUGAAACACACAAAAAAAAAAAAUGAAAAUUUCGGUUUUUUCAAAAACAAAAAAAACGGGGCGGCAGAAAAAAAAGUGCGAUGGAGCGCGUUUCCUUCUCUGGCAAAUGCGCACUACCCACCAACACUUUAUUUGUUUUUUGUGAAAAAAAAAACAUUUUAUUGAAGUUUUUUUUUUCAUUUUCGAUUUCUAUCAGAUAAUAUUUUUCAGAAAUGGAUGGUCAUUUAUUCAAUUCCCAGAAAGUCCCUUGAUGUCAUCAUAUUUGGUUGCUUUUGCAGUUGGACCAUAUGUGUAUUCAAGUUAUGUCAAUCAACAUAAUACAACAGUUCGUGCCUGGGGUUGGCCUGGAACUGAACAAUAUCUUGAGUUUGCCGCUGUCAAUUCAGGACAAUGCCUUUAUCAACUUGGAGAAUAUACUGGAAUCAAAUUUCCUCUUGAAAAAUCAGAUCAAAUUGGAAUGCCUGAAUUUUUAGCUGGAGCUAUGGAAAAUUGGGGAUUGAUUAUUUACAAAUAUCAAUAUAUUGCCGUCAAUGAACAGGUAAGGUAUUCAAGAGCAAAUCAACAGAAACCCGUUCUUCUCUCAGACAAUGACACUUCGUGAUAAAGAAGCUGCUGCAAAAGUAAUGUGCCACGAACUUGCUCAUCAAUGGUUUGGUGACUUGGUAACGACGGCUUGGUGGGAUGAUUUAUUUUUGAACGAAGGAUUUGCUGAUUAUUUCAUGACUUUCACUCAACAACUUGUUUAUCCAAUUCAAGCCACUUAUUUUGAUACUUUGCAAGUUUUGAAUGAACUUCAAGUUGGUAUGAAUGCUGAUGUUUCGCAGGAUGCUCAUCCUUUGGUUUAUCCAGAAGGCCCAGCAUUUGAUUGUGAGUAAAUUCUUUGGGAGGCUUAUCAUUUUUUGAACGUGAGUUUUUCAGCUAUAACAUAUCAAAAGGGAGCAUCGAUGUUGAGAAUGCUUUCCGAUGUUCUUGGCCCAGCAGUUUUCCGAGAAGGUCUUCAAAAAUACCUGAAAAGCAAAGAAUAUUCAAAUGCUAAAGAUAUUGAUCUUUUCACAAUUUUGACACAGGUAGCGCAAGAUUAUGAAAUUCUCGAUUGGAAUGGGAAUUAUUUGAAUGUCACUGAUUUUAUGCAACCAUAUGUUCAUCAAACAAAUCACCCACUCAUAAGAAUUUACAAUAAUGAGAUAAAUCAACCAGCCACAUUUACACAAGAACCAUUUGCCACAAAAUAUCGUAAGAAAGUUUUUUUAUUCAGCAAAAUUAACAAAAGUCUUUUUUAGCGUUUGAUCAACCUUCACCAUACAAUUGGAAAUGGAACAUUCCGAUAAGAACAACAUCUUACAAACAAUCAAAUGUUUCAAAUUCCGCUAUUCAAUGGAUCAGUGCUGGAGAUGGAUCAGAAAACGCCGUCAAAAAUGAGAAUAAAAUCAAAAAACACGCAAUUCAAUGGGAAAUUGGAUCAGUGACAUCUGCAACUUACGGAAGACUUAUAUAUGAUGAUAUUGGUUUUGAUAAACUUAUCAAAUCAAUUCAACAAAAUGAUGUAGCUGAUAAUGUGAAGUUACAGCUCCUUGCUGAUGAAUACUAUUAUUUACAGUUAGUUUUCUUUUUUUUUUCUGAUUCACAAAAUAAACAAAUUUCAGACGACAAAAGUCAUUGAACCAAGCACAUUCAUUCGAUAGAUUCUUAACUUUGGCGAACACUAUUCUCACAACACAAUCAUUCAACACUUUGCCAAGUUACUCUGUUUUUGCUCAAGCUCAAAUUGGUCUUGAGAACAUCGCUAAAUUAUUCCGAGAUAGUAUGGAUGCACCAUUGAUCAAUAGAAUGUAUCAAUUAUUGUUCAGUGAAGUUUAUAAAAAUAUUCAAUGGGUCGAUUCAGUUUUCUGGGAUACAACGUAAACGAAUUCUUCCUUUGCUAAUCGAAAAUACCAACUGAAAAUUUCAGAACAUUCUCCGAAGCUUUCCUUCCAUUUGCAGUCCGAUACAACAUCGGAAAUGUUCAAAACCAAACUCUUCAAAUGUUCCAAAAUGUGAAAGAUGCUUGCGGUGAUAGUACAAAUGGAACUGCUUGGUGUAAUCCAUACUCAACAAACUUCAGAAAAGCAAUUUAUUGCGGAGCUGCUAAAUAUGCACCAACAACAAGUGAUUAUUUCUUCAGAAUGUUGCAAUAUUAUAACGCUGAAGUUAUCACAAAUCCAUAUUUCUAUCAGGAAUAUAUGGCGCUUUUAGAGGGCAUGGCUUGCACAGAAUCACCAAAUUUAUUGAAAGUGUGAGUUGAUAUUAAUAAUUAAAAAAAAAGUGACUGUUUUGUUUCCAGACUCAUCCGCCAAUUUGUGGCUUCACCACUCAAUCAGUAUACUCUUUUUGGAUUUUUCAAGUAUAAUUCAGUUGCUUCGGAUGCUUUGUACAAUUAUUUAUACAAUAACAUUCAAUUACUAAAUUCCACACAAUUCAAUGUUGAUGCAUAUCUUGAUGCAAUGACAUAUUCAUGGGCAAGUUAUAAACGAACUGAUCAAUUUGCUCAAUUGACUUAUUUGGCUGAAAUAAGUAAUGUGAACAUGAAUGGAGAUCGAAUCAAUCUUUUCAAUAAUUAUCAAGAUCGAAUUAGCACUAAUUUGGGUUAUGCAAAAACAUACGGCUUAUCCGCUAUACGUUGGUUAUAUGAUAAUACAGUGGUUGUUGGAAAAACUCCUUGGGAAAAAUCGUGAGUGAUAAUUGCAGGUUAGUAUUAUUAGAAUAAUUUAUUUUUUGUUUUAGUCUCGAUGGUUCAAUUGUUCCAUCUAAUUAUUAUAUUUAUCUUCAACCAUUCAUCCCGGGAGCUGGAACAUAUAUUGACUAUCAAAAUAUGACAUUCUUUGGAUCUGCGGAAAUAAAAAUUGAUGUUGUGAAGGAAACUAAUACAGUCAUAAUAAAUGCUCACCGAUUGGUUUUCGAAAUAGAUAAUAUCAAUAUUCUAACUUUGCCUGAAUUCACUUUGAUUCCAAUCGAUAAAUCAAAUAUUCGUAAAGAUUAUGACAAAGGUGUUUUAUAUAUUCCAAUCAAUGGAACACUUUUGAUAGGAAGUUAUAACUUGUAUUUCACCUACACUGGUUUCAUCUUCCAAACUCCAAGCGAAGGAAACACUGUGAACAGUUAUUACACAAAUAAUGGACGAAAAGGUUGGAUUUACAGCACUGAUUUUGAAGGUGGUCCUUCAGUUCGUAGUUUGCUUCCCAGUUUUGAUGAACCAAGUUAUAAAGCAACUUUCAAUGUAACUGUAAAAUAUCCAAGUGAUAUGAUUGCAUUGUCAAAUGGUUUAGAACAAACAAAAGAAUUAUCAAGUGAUGGAUGGACUACACUUACGUUUGAUCAAUCUCCAUUAAUGUCUUCAUAUUUACUCGCAAUUUGUGUCGGACAUUUUUCAAGUUUGUCAAAAGUUGUUGGUGCUGGAACACUUGUUCGACAAUGGACUUGGAGUGGAAUGGAACAAUAUGGAGAAUUCGGAUUGAAUGUUACUGCAGGAACAUUGGAAUUUAUGAAUACCUAUUUCCGUUUCAGUUACAUUCUUCCAAAAUUAGAUGUUGUUGCGCUUCCAGAAUAUACCCAAAACGCAGGAGCUAUGGAAAACUGGGGAUUGAUUAUUGGUGAAUAUAAUUUAUAUAUGUUUGAUCCGGAUUAUGCGACAACCAGAGAUAUUACCGAAGUAGCCGAGACAGCGGCACACGAAGUUAUUCAUCAGGUGAAAAAAACAUUUUUAAAACAGAAAGUUAUUUGAUAACAAAUAAACUGUUUUAGUGGUUCGGUGAUUUGGUAACAAUGGACUGGUGGGAUGAUAUUUUCUUGAAUGAAGGUUUUGCUCAAUAUUGGUUUGCCAAUGGUAUCAAUUAUACAUAUCCAGAUCAAGAAGAUUAUGCAAUCGUUAGUACUUUUUUCAAUUUUUUUCGAAAGAAAUUAUAGAGAAAGCUUAUUAAAGUAUGAUAUUUUUAAGGAAUAUAACCGUUUUAUGAUAAAUCGCAUUGCACUGGAAAUUGACUGCAUCGAUGGAUAUUCAAAACCUGUCAUUAGCGACAAACCUCCAGUUUUUGGUGCCACGCCAUAUUACAAAGGAAGUGCUCUCCUCAACUUAUUAUCAAACGCCAUAACACCAGAUUUAUUCAAAUAUGGAUUGGAACAAUAUUUGUUCAAAUACUACUACAAAAACACUUCCCCACAAAAUUUGUGGGAAUCAUUGACUAAUGAACUUCUUGAUAACAAUGUUCGUGAUUGGAAUGGCAAUAAUCUCAAUGUUUCAUCAUUUAUGGUACCUUUCACAACUUUGGUAAGUUGGUUUAAAGAUGUUGUCCUUCUUCGUGAAGAAUCAAUUCCACAAUUGUGCAUCACUAUUUUCAACUAAUCACACUUCCAGAUUUACAAUUUUUUGAACGAAAAAAAAGUUGAUCAAAAAAAUAGUAUUUUCUUUAGACAGUACUCAAUAAAUGCUCAACAAUUAAAUUCCAAUCAAUUUAAGCCUAAAAUCUUGAAAUUUGGCUCGAUAAUGAUGAAUUUGUAAAACUGGAAGAACUUCCAGAUUUACAAAUUUUUGAAGUAGAAAGACAACCCUUCCAUAAAAUGAGCUUUUUUAAGGGCACAAUUUUAUAAUCAAAUAUAUAAAUUUCAGGUUUCGUAUCCAAUUUUGACGCUGGAAAUUCACGGAACAAGCACAGUUGUGACAACACAAACUUCUUGUUUGGCUAAUGGUAACCAAUGGAACCUUCCAUUGUUCUCUCAAGAUCAAACAUCAACAAGUAAGUACACGAAAAAUACCUAUUCAAAGUUUUGAGAAAAUCAUUUAGCUGGCAAUAAAUAAUGCGGAAUAAUUGCAAAAAAAUGUGCCGCUGCAUUUAAGCCACGCCCACCAAAUUUAUUCGCAUUUAACAAAAUCAACAAAAAUUUUAUCUCUGAUUUCCAGCCUUCAACUGGUUCACCAAUACCACUGGUGGAAAUGACACAAUUUGGAUGAGAAGUCUCGCAUCAAACUUUAGAAUUGAUAAUGCUGGCAGCUCUGUGGGUACCAUAUUUUCUUCUCAUUCUUUUGAAUUACCUCUUUCGAAAAUAUAUACUUCCAGUCAUUCACUCGUGUCCAAUAUGAUGAUAAAUCAUGGCUUCAAAUUCGUCAACAACUUCUUACUGAUAUUUCAGUCGUCUCUUCUACUACUAGAGCUAUGCUUUUGGAUGAUGCUUGGUUCUUCUAUAGGUUUGCUUAAAUUUAGAAGUGUUCUCCCCUUAUCACAUAAUAAAAUUGUAGAUCCGGACGUUGGCAAGUUUCAAAAUUCUUAGAUCUCACUCUUUAUUUACCAAAAGAAACUGCUUUGGCGCCUUGGGAAGUGGCUUUUGAUUUCUUUGAUGAGUUGUUGAGUGAAUUCAGAUAUCAAGCCGAGUUUGGUGAUAUUCAAAAUUACAUUUAUCAAUCAACUAAGAAUGCUUUCAAUAUUUAUGGAUUUAGCACAAAUGAUAAAUGGACAAGGAAGUGAGUCAAUUUUGUUUGAAUAUAAGAAAAAAUAGUAUUUCAGUCAACUUGCUAACUACAUUACUCAAUUGCACUGCGCUUCUGGAAACAGACAAUGUAGAUUAGUUGCAAAGUCACUGUUUGAUAAUUUCCUUUCAAAAUGUGCCACAUCACAAUACGGAACAGGCAAAUGUUCAGGGUAAGUGGAAUAUUUGGAAGAACUUAUUUUAUUUAAUUUUUCUUUUUUUUUAAUUUCAGAAUCCAUCCCGAUCUUCGUAAAUCAACAUAUUGUUAUGGAAUCUUGCAAUCAAACAUCACUGGCUAUCAAACAGUUGACACUCUCUAUCAAUUGUCUACAGCUAACUCAAGAUACUUCAAAAACGAUCGGGAUAAUUUGCUCAACGCGAUUGGUUGCAUUCAAGACUUAACAUAUCUUGAUGAGUUAGUUUGUUUGGUCAUUGAUAUCUUAUUUGUGUUGAAAUAUGAUUGUCUGUUCUGAACAGAGUUUAUUUGUAGUUUGAACUCGAGUAGGAAUGUUUUUUUCAGAAAGAUCAAUGGAGUAAUUCAAGGAAUAUAUCCAACAAGUCUACUUCAAUCAAUUGCUCAAAAUGAUCAAACUGGUGGAUUUAUUCUUUAUAACUAUUUUGCAGUGAACACUCUGGCUGUUGUGCAAGCUCCAUUUGACUUUGCUCUAUAUUUGAAAUAUAUGACACUUGAUUGGAACACAGACUUCCAAUCUAAUGUGGUAUGUUUUCUCUGAUUGGAUAUUGAGAAAAAAUUUAUAUGAUUUGUUUUCAGCUUCAAAAUUUCCCGAUCACUUCAAAUUACCAAUUUUUGACCGAAUUACAAAAGAAACAAUUAUUUGAAACGACCGAGAAUGUUAUAAGAAAUGUGCAAGCAAUUGAUAAUGUGAAAGGACCAUUGAUCGCUUGGAUUCAAGCCAACUUCGGAGCAGUUAAUGCUGAACAAUAG